CGUAUUUUGGUUUGGAUUUUGAAGAAAUAUUUAUUUAAAUUACUGAAUUGUAACUGAUCUAUUAAUAAUAUGUAAUAAAUACAUAAUCCAAUAAUAUAUAAAGUAGCAUCUGAUUUCUAAUGAAAUUUGGUGAACAUUAUGGAGGAUUAUAAAUUUCUUUUUAAAGUAGUGCUUGUUGGAAACGCAGGUGUUGGUAAAACCUGUUUGGUACGAAGGUUCACACAAGGUCUAUUUCCACCAGGUCAAGGUGCUACUAUAGGCGUUGACUUUAUGAUUAAAACUGUAGAAGUAGAUGGAGAGAAAGUAAAGUUACAAAUUUGGGACACAGCGGGACAGGAGAGAUUCCGCUCGAUAACACAGAGUUAUUAUAGAUCAGCACAUGCAUUGAUACUAGUUUAUGACAUAUCUUGCCAGCCGACAUUUGACUGUCUGCCGGACUGGUUGCGGGAGAUUGAGGAAUAUGCUAGUAAUAAAGUGUUAAGAAUAUUAGUUGGUAACAAAACAGACAGAGAAGAUAGGGAAAUACCACGGCAUAUCGGUGAGGAUUUUGCUCAGCGGCAUGGAAUGUAUUUUCUGGAAACAUCGGCAAAAGAAGCUGAGAAUGUUGAACGAUUGUUCAUGGAGAUUGCUGUGGAAUUGAUGGAGCAAGCCAAAUGCAAGGAGCUACCAAAAUACGACGGCAGCUUAGGACCUAUCAACGGCAAGUCGUCAUCCAUUGGAGAAAGCGCGUGUUGUUCUAGAUCGUAAAUAUUACGAAUUUAUCUCGCUAUAGGCCUACUUUACGUUAAUUGACAUUAUUAUUUGGCAUAAAUAAAUUACGUGAUACGUUGUUUGUCCGCGAUGGACUCCUAAAUUAAAGAACGGAUUUUAAUGGGAUUACUUCAUCGAGUGCAGUUUGGUCCAACUUGAGAGAUAGGAUAGUUUUUAUUUCGAUUUGGGACCCAUAAUUAUUUUUAUUUUCAAUAUUUAAUUUGCAUGGACAUAUUUUCUAUGAGAGAAUUUAAUGACGCACGGUUUGACACAAUCUCAUUAUAACAACAGGGAGCAUUUUUUACGAAAUAAUUCUUAUUCUUGAUGUUUUGAAAUAUUUUUGGCAAAUUCCUAUAAAAGAGUAUUUUUUUUUAUUAUCUACAGAACAACGUCUGUGGCGGUAGCUAGUAUUUAUAUAUUAUAUAAACAUGUCGGAAUCACCUAGAACGGACUUAAUUCGGACCGAAACACCGAAAUUUGUUGCAUAUACCUCUAUUACAAUCAAUUCCAAAUGUCUAUGCGCGUUAUGUACGGCAUAAGUUAGUACAAAAAAGUCAUUUAAAAUAUGCUACAAGGUGGUCACCUACUAUUUUUGGGAAAGGGUUUUAAUAACAUUACAAUGGGUUAGCCACAAGUUACUUUAAGUGGUAAAAUAAUGUGUUUUAAAAAAAUCCUUUUCAAAUUUCGAGACACGGCGCCAAUACCAUUUUAUUGUCAUGUGGCCGCUGUGUGACGUGACUUGGACUGAUUUAAUUACUUAAUUAAACUAACCAAACUCUCACCAAACUAUCUUUGAAGUAUAUCCUUUUCAAUAAAAAAAGAAUCAUCGAAAUCGGUUGGCGCGAUAUGGAGAUAAUCGUAAAUUUAUCAUCCAUUUUGCUAUACGUAUAUAUAGCAAAUUUAAGACUUUUAUGGUUUUCUCAUGGAGGCCAUUGUCAGAUCUGGACCAAAUUACAACGGGAAGUACCAACUUUCAAAUAAAAAAAGAAUUAUCAAAAUCGUUUCACCCAGUCGAAAGUUUUGAGGUAACAAACAUAAUAAAAAGACAUACCGACGAAUUGAGAACCUCCUUUUUUGAAGUUAAAAAUUGGUUCGGUUAAAAAUUGAAAUAAUUUGUAAAAUGAUGAAGCUGUGAUUGUUGAUUAAAGAGCAAUUACUUGCCACCCCUUUUCAUUUAAGCUCAACCUUUUCUGAAGUGGUCUGUCUGAAAUUCCUGAAAAAUGUUGUAAUAUUUUUAAGUAUUUCUAGCAUUGACGUAAUUUUGUAUUUGUUAUUCAGUAUAUUGAAAAGUCAACGUGUUUGACAAACAAAUAAACAUUACUUAUUAAAGUUUGACUAGUGAUUUUAGGUCGUAGGUAAUUCAUAUUUUGCAAUAUUAUUGCGUUAUUGAGGUUUUUUUAUUCAAUUUAAUUUAUUAAUACAUAAUACGCGUUAUAAUGCCAUUCGUUUUAGCUGAAGAGCCAGAGAAUACACUGCAUUUGCUCGUCAACAUUCUUUAAAAGGAUCUUAAGUUUUCGCAUUCCAGUACUUAGGCGAACCUGUCAUCGCUCAAAUAAAGCGUAGUGUAAAAUUUUCGUAAUAAGUUACCGCUACCCGUGCCAAUAAAGAAACAAAUCUAAAAAGGCGGCGAUACAGAUCGGUCUGACAGCGAAAUAGGGAUCGCAGAUAGGUGAUGUUAAAUGUGCGAGUGAGAGCGAAUCAUUCGUGGCCGCCAUUUUAGAUGGGUUUAGUGCACGGGUUAUACUUUUAACAGACCAGACCAGUCUCGUGCCAGAAUUUGGUGAGUCAAGAUGCCUCGUGUAGAGGCGCGUGUCGGAUUAAUUCAAGACAAAUAUUAGCGGAAUUUACACUCGACAUAACUGAAAAAAUUUAGAUAGGUCAAAGUCAAAAUAUUUUAUUGACAUAAAAUCAAAAGAUUGCUCGUCAACGUCAAUCACAAAAAAUACAUUUCAGAUACAUACAUAUUAAUUACACAAAAGUUUAAACAUAUACAUAUUUUUAAAAUAAAGCAAACCAGUCAAACAAUACAAGGCUGAACCAUGAAAUCCAUAAAAAAAAACAACUAUAAUACUAUUCAAUUCCAUAUUGAAAUAUCGUUUACAUAAUCUUCAAUACUGUAAUAAGCUUUCGACAUACUGCGUUUAACAAAAGAUUUAAAUUUAUUUAAUGAUAAUUCAGAUACUAUGGAUAAUUAUGGAUUUCCGCAAAAUAACGCCUAUUCAAUAAAUUGUCUUAUACUGAUACGCCCUGCCCUUUACAGUGUAGUGCUAUUCAGGGUUCUUGAACCCAAAAUUCUCAGCAGCAUCCCAAUUGCGCUCGUCACUUUGAGACUUUCUAAGAGUUAUUCACUAGCUAUGUCCUUCAAACCGAAUUACAAUAAUGUUUCCACAUUACUGCUUGACGGCAAAAAUGGCGCCACGAAUGAAGUUCAACGCUGUUAUAUUUAAAAAUUUAAAGAAACUUGCCAUUUUAGAGCUGAUAACAGCUGUGGGUAUACUCAAAACUAAUACUCGAAAUAAAGUCCCAAUAUUGACACUUUCAAAAUGUAACGGCCAUUUGCAAUGCAAUGUCAAAAUAGUUUCACUGUACACUCACAGUGGCGCUUCAGUGCUGCACAUUAAGUAGAUUUUUAACUAUAAAGGGACAUCAAUUCCAUCAUUUAUAUUAUGAAUAUUAUAACUAGCAGUUUCCCGUUGCAUUCGCAACUAAAGGUUAUAUAUAAAAUGUUUAAGUAGGGAAAAUAUAGAGAGUUGUCAUACUGACACGUUCAGGGCAAGCCUGUCAGCCAUUAAGUUUGCAUAGCGACAUCCCAUUCUGCACGGACGCACGCCAAGAAAGUGAAGAUAUUACUAGGAAGGUCAGUGUCUUCCAUUGAAAGCUGCAAGACAUAAUUUAUCCUAUAUUUAAUGAGAUUAUAUCGCUAAUUGUUAGUUUAAUAUUUUGUAUGAGUGAUAUCAGAGAAAUUUAUAAUUUUAUUUGAUAAUUAAUAAUAAUUUAAAUAAUUAUUUUGAUCAAUUUAAAUCAGAUGUAGAAUUUGUAGGUAAUAUUUUAGUAGAUGCAUAGAAAUUGGAAAUGUUACUACCACAAAACAUAAUUUUUGAAUGAGAAUAUGAAAAAAUAGUUUUAUUGGAUUAAACAAUAUAGAGAAACUGAAAUUAAUAUCAAUUCAAAAGCCCUUACAUAGACUUAGAUUGUUUUUGAAUGCAAUAAGCCGCGUGUAAUUAACACUAAACUGACUAACUUUUAUCUACAAAAGAAAGAUAUUUCUGAUGGCUAAAAAUGUCUUACGGCCGUUUUCAAUAACCUAUCUAUCCUUAGUUUAACUUACUAGAGGUAGACAAAUCUACCCUUUUACGCUUACUUACAUUUCAAUAACCUAUCGACAUAAAGCAUUGGUAUAACUAUAUUGGGCAUAACUAUGGAUAGAUAAGAUCUUGUCAUUAACCGGCCGUUCCCAAUAUUCAGUCUAUCUCUAACUUGAGAUAAAAAUCGUAACUAUCGUUGAAUUUUCUGUCCCAAUAAACCUAUCGACGGUAACUUACCUUAUCCGUGCACGCUGUCUGUCAAUGGGACGACGUAUAGCUUACCAGCGAUAUAAAGUUUGUAUGGCAAUUGCAAUUCACGCGUCCCAAUAUAUGGCGAUAAGAAUGACUUAUCGCCUAUAUUGGGACAGCUUCAGAUUAUUGACAGCUAAUUACUGACAGUAGAAGGUAGUAAUUUAUCUAUAUCUAUAGAUAGUAUAUUGGGAACGGCCGUAAAUGGUGACAGCAAUGUAUCCGUAACUAGAGAUACGUUAUUGAAAACAUCCGUUAAUAGGUAAUGUGUUUUAUAUACAUAAGUAUAUAAAAAUAAUUUUAAAAGAUUAAAUUAUUGUAUUUUCUUUAAAUUACAGUAUCUUUUUAUUCUGUUUGUUCUAGAAAAUUCAUUCAAGAUGUUGAUAUACCUACGAAUGAUCUCGAUGUUAGCAUUAAUGUUUUUGUUUGUAUAUAGUUAGCUUGUUGUGAGUUUGAAUAAGAGUGCAGCACGGACGAGUAAAAAAAGAAGGACUCCGUGUCACCUUACAUAACAGUGAAGCACCAAAACAAGCCGGUAAACGUGUAUAUACAUAGCCCCACGCACACACUUACACUAAUAAAAGCCAAAAAAAUUGUGUAACUGGUAUCCUCCGUAACCGCACACACACUAGCAUAACGGUGCUUCACUUGCUAAUAUCACAGCGCGAGAGUUCUUUUUUUACUCGUCCGUGCAGUGCAAUAGAUUUUUUUUUGUUACCAAAUAUUUAAUUAUUAUGAAGUUCAAUGUGCAAUUCUGACGAUUUUAUAUAUUUUUUUUUAAGGAAAUUGAUUGUGCUUUUAAUGUACUUUUUUAAAUAUUUAUUAGGGUGUUAGUAUAAGGUACUUGUUAUCAAUUUUAGUACGUUAUUAACUUUUUCACACAUUAAUUCUUGUCAUUUUUUCAAUAAGUAUUCUUAUAAUAUAAUCUGUAUAUAUAGCGAAGUUACUCUUCACAAUGAGUAUAAGAAAAACAAAACAAAUAUAUUCAUACAAAUUAAAUUUGAAAACAAUUUUUUUAACGAUGCGGGACUCGAACCCGCGACCUCUCGCGUUCCGUGCGAACGCUCUUCUUACUUUUUAAAAAUAACAAAUUGUUUAGAUUUAGUUUAGCGACAUCUCAAGUCAAUUUCCUAAUAUGCAAUUAUUGGGGUUGAGCAGGUUAUCAACUGUAAAGUAGAUCCUGUAGAUGAAGCCACAACCUGAGAGUUGAACAUGACAUACCAAGAUUUAUGAACCUAACUUCACUCGAACGGUUGGCUCAGUGAAAGAGCGGUCGCGGUUUCUAGUCCCGCAUCGUUCAUAAAUUUUAUUUUCAAAUGUAAUUUGUGUUAUUACAAUUAUAUUUAUAAUACUUCUUACAGGUAUUGUUAAUAGACUAAUUUUUUCGUCAAUUGACUGUAUUUAAUAGUUGUAGUUUAGUUUGUAAGAUGAUUUAACAUUCCAUUGUUAUUUACGUUUGAAGUUUGACUGUGUUAGUCCUACACUAUAUUAUAUAUCGCUGACUUUAUGCAAUGUUUCUAUCUAAAACUUUCAUUGUUUAAUUAAUUUUCAUCUUUAAUAGCUUUUAGUAAGACUUGUUUUGGUUUGACUCUUAUUUCUAUAGCCAUUUUAUACGCCAGUAUCAUGAUAAAACUUAAUUUACCCGGCGACUUUGUCAAACGGCCUUUCCCAAUAUUCAGUCUAUCUCUUACUUGAGAUAAAAAUCGUAACUAUCGUUGACUUUUCUGUCCCAAUAAACUUAUCGACGGUAACUCACCUUAUCCGUGCACGCUGUCUGUCAAUAGGACGACAUAUAGCUUACCAGCGAUAUAAAGUUUGUAUGAAAAUUGCAAUUCACGCGUCCUAUUAUAAGGCGAUAAGAAUGACUUAUCGGGUAUAUUAGGACAGCUUCAAAUUAUUGACAGCUAAUUACUGACAGUAGAAGGUAGUAAUUUAUCUCUAUCUGUAGAUAUUAUAUUGGGAACGGCCGUUAAAGUCCAGUUUUAUCGUACUCUAUUUCCUAUAGACAUAGAUUAUCCAAAAUUUGGGGAUACAAGCAAAGGUACAUUGAGAAGCUUAAGGUAUUACUUUAGAGAAUUAGUAACUGUAGAAUUAUUUAGUAGUAUUAUAUAGAUGUUAUUACCAGGAAAUGUUAAACAUACUUUUUUCUAAUUUAUUUUCUAGACGAGAUAGAGAAUUAAAAAGUUUAUUUCUGGCCAGUGUUUGAGGAAAACAAAAUAUUGAGUCAAAUAGUUCCAAUAUCUGCUAACUCCAUGCGAAACGAGUUUUGAGUUCAACAGUUAUCACAGUCAAUUGUAGGGUGCAGAGACAUUUUACUUUACAGAGACUUUUUAUGUGGAGGUGGCGGCGUUUUCUAAUAAUUUUAUUUAUAUUAUAUUAUAUAAUAAUAAUAAUAAAACAUUUAUUUUCAGGCAUUUUACCCAUAAAUCUACAAACAAUCUUAACUUAAAUUACAUUAUACUUUGAUUUUAAUUAAAUUACAGAUAAAAAAGAAAAGUUAAUAUAUUACGUCAUAAUUACAAUUAAAAAAGAAAAUAAUUAAAUUAUAGAAGUAAAAAUUAUACAAUUAAUAUAGUCGAAUACAAUUCAAUGUUAAUUUAAUUUAAUUUCUUACAUUAUUAAAAAAAUAUAAUAAAUAUUAUAAUAAUUAUAUUUAUAUACAGGCUGUAUAAAAAUGUUAUUGUUUAUUUUCACAAUAGUUUCUUGUCGAUUCUUCUCAACAAUAGCAGCGUUACGAAUGAGUGUAUAUAGUGUAAAACAAAAUUAUUGGCUAUUCAAAAGUCUUUUCCGUUCCGGGAAACUUUUACGCAGCGUUCUGUCAAAGCGUAUUAUUUUACGUGUAUUAAUAGAUUGCUUAUAAUUAGGAUUUUUGUGAAUGUAUCUGAAACCUAUUUAAACAAGCUAUAUGACCAUGCAAAAUAAAUCAUCUUAUAAACAAAAUGAGGCUUAGAACUUGGCGAGGGAAUAGUGUGCCGUACGGCACUCUCGAUUUUGGUGUAUCUGAAAAAUCUGAAACAGAAAAGAAGAAAAUAGUUACAUAGCUUUAUGGCUUAUAUUCUCUCGCAUGUCGUAGUCGUCUUUUUUAUUCUGAUUUCAUCAUCUCAGCGGUUAUUAUGAAAGGCCUAAGAAAUUGUAUAUUAAGCUAUUUUCUUCUCCCUUUUAUUUUAUGUUUUUUUAAUGAUAAAAAGGGAUGAGACGAGCAGGACGUUCAGCUGAUGAUAGUUGAUACACCCUGCCCAAUACAAUGCAGUGCCGCUCUUGAAAGACCAAACCAUUCUGAGCGGCACUACAAUUGCGCUCGUCACCUUGAGACAGGAUGUUAAGUCUCAUUUGCCCAGUAAUUUCACUAGCUACGGCGCCCUUCAGAUCGAAACACAGUAAUGUUUGCACAUUACUGCUUCACGGCAGAUAUUGGCGCCGUUAUGGUACCCAUAAUCUAGCCGGCAUCCUGUGCAAAGGAGCCUCGAUCAGUCAUAUCUGUCGCGAUCACUGAACCGAAUAAUUUGCGGCAUAUUCAUUCGGGCUUUAAAGGACCGCAUAGAGGUUAUUUGAAGAAACGUUACCAAAAUUCACAGUCUGUAAAACUAUCUAUAGUUCUUUUCACAUGUAUAAGUACAGUUAGCGGAUAUUGGAAAUAUAAUUUAUAAUAUUAAAUGUUAUUAUUACUCAAUUUGAGAAUUCAAUAAAUUUUACUAUUGUUAAUUUAAAUUUAGGUUAGGUUUUUUUGUAUAAAACUUUAACUUGUUGUGCUGCUUUAAAUGCUUUUACUUAGCAUAAUAUCCUAACAGAAUUAUUAUUAAUUGUUUCAAACAUAUAAGGUAUAUUACGUACUUUUUUUUAAAAUAAUAAUAUGUUAUGUUACUUAUACGGCUUACAGUUAGUCGUAAAUUAAAGACUAAUAUAAGGGGUCGUUUAUUAAUCAUUUGAGGUUUUAAUUUGAUCGUACUUUUACAAUGGUAGCUCGAAAAAUUAUUUAUAGUGAGACUAUCGACCCCCCUCUCCUCUAUAACUCACGUUGUUAAUCAGCGAUCCCUGAGAAUGGUUAUGAAAAACCAAAACGCUUGUCAUAAGCUUUUAUACUGUGAAUAGAUUUCGAUACCUCAGUUCCAACGUGUAACAAGUCUGAAAUUCUGUAAGUUUGAGAUAAGUAUGAGAAAUUGUUCCAUAAUCGAUAACCCACCAUUAAUUAUUAUCACAGAGAAACAAGUCGAUAAGUGAAUGUAGUUUAGUUGUUACUUCUAAUAGUUCUCAAACCACUGACCUGUAUAAAUACCACUGGACAGGCUGUUUCAUAUGUUUGACAGCAAUUUUUUGUGCCUAUUUGAAGUGCCACCCGCGAGCGUCCAGAGAACAAAUUUUUGACGUAUAAUACAAAGGGCUGCGAAGGAACGUAUAAUACUCUGGAGUAUUUUUGCAUUUUGAAUUAAUUUCGUUCGUUUUCCGUGUUAUUUAUACUUUUAGAAUCAACAUAAUAUAAUACACAAUUAUUUUUUGUAAAUAGUUUCCCACCAUCACUAGUUUUAGUAGCGCAGACUCUCGCUACAUGGCCAACAGCGCCAAAAUGGCGAAUAUCGAACAGGCACAAAAGCACUUUGACAGCCGCCAGUUGUAUAUAGUAGAGGUCAGUGUUUCAGUAACAACUCGAGUUGGUUUCUUUUGGAACCCUUUUCUGAAUUGUUACUCUUUGGCACUGAGGUAUGGAUUGAAAAUGUACCUACAGGGUACUUGUCAAAGUGUAUCCAAAAUUUAUUGGAAUUGAGGAAUGUUGUACACUCCACUUAUAGGCUAACUCUACGUGCAUAAUAGGUGUUAUAGACAUUAUUUGUGUACAACUUAAAGCUUAAGAUAAAUUUGACAAAUAUAACAAAAAUAAAGCCCCUAGCAAAGAGCUGAUAAAAAAUUAAUUAGGUACUUACGUAAUAAACAAGGAAACAAAAGAAAAAAAUCAAUAAAUACGAACAAUGACUAACCUUUGCAAUACUUUUACAAAGUUUUACAAAUUAAUAACUGAUUAAUCCGCUAUGUGUAGGUGCAGUCGAUGUCUAUUGAAACUUGUUGAAACACACGGCCCAACUAUGGCACGGUGAUUUGUCCUUACCUUCCCUAGUGUGUUGUUAUUUAAAUUUUUGAGUUAAAUAAAAAUUUUGAAUACAUUUUGAACAGUGAGCCCAAAUUAAGCAAUUAUUCUCUUGCCAAUUGUUGUGUUUGCGUUGUUGUGAAUCUAAUUGUAAUUUAUUUUUAAGUAGUUUGUAAUUUCUUGUCGUCCUAUUGAUGUUUUGGUCUGGAGCUGUUUCAAAUAUAUUUCUGUUAUACAUUGUCUCCUAGGGGUUUAGGUAGAGGGACCUCCAUUGAGCGCGAAUCACAUAAUUACCACAUAUCAUAAUCUUAGUAAGUUUUGGCCUAUCUUUCAAUCCCUGUAUACAAAAAUUAGUACAGCCGUUCUGGAGUUCAUUGAAAUAUACACACGUCAUGAUAUAGAUUUGUAAUUGCCAUAUAAUUGGUAGUUUACUCGAAAGUAACUAAAGUUAAAAAAAAAUUAAAAAGUAAUUAUUUCCUCAACUCAAUUAAUAGAAAAAAAAACUAUAGAGACUCCUGUUCGGGCGGCAAAUCGCCAUACCGCGCAUCAUUAUUUUUUAUGAGCAUUUUCAAACAUAAAACAAAAGCAUUUGAACUACAUUUGGUUAAUGAUGAUACGACAAAUGUCAUCCACGAGAGUUAUAUCAGCCAUACCAUUAUUUUGUAGCAUUAAAAGGUCAAUAACCUUAAUUCGCUUUGUUACGCGACCGAAGCUUUGAAUUUCGAUAAAUUAUUGCAACCAGUUUUCGAAACUUUCGAAUCGUUUCAUGAGGUUACACUGUUUAUUUUUGCUUAUUAACUAUUUAAAUAGGCCGCUGUACAAGGCGUCAAUCAGUUUUAUUAUAGCUAGUAUAUCGAUCUUUAUUGUUGCAAGGUUUUGAGGUUAUGUAGUGGCCUAUAAAUCAAAUUAGUUGACUGUACUGUUAUACUGGUGCAAUUUUAUUGAUUACUAAGAUGUGUGAGUUGUGUUGGUUGUGAAUUGUUAUAUUGUUUAUUCGUUACUAUAUAAAUGUCAUAAUUCAUCUGUGUGUUUAUAAGACUUUGCUGAGACUUAACUCACGUUGAACUCAGCUGAACGUGAUAAAACGCAAGUAUGGCUUUUGUGGCUGUGUUAAUUAAGCUAAGCAUAAUUUCAGAAGUCAAUUGACUAUUAAAACGUAAUCAAAGAUUACGCUAAGCUCACACUCAGCUAAGUGUGACGUAAGUAAAGUCUGAGCAAAGUCCAAGUACGCCUUAUAGAUCAGAUCUCAGUCUAAGACUCCCAGAUGAAUGAAUCGCUUAUCUUAGUAGCAGUACAACUAACUUUAAUGGUCCUAGCAUUUUUGCACAAAAGUGAUGCAAAAUAUUGGUCUGUAUUGAGCACCAAGUGUUUGACAUCUGUUUAGUCCUUCUACAGUAUGAUUUGCCUGAAUACAAUCUAUGGUAAAUAAAUUAUAGUAAAUAUUUAUUAGUAUUUUCUUUGAUUAACGCGACUGUUACACAUUUAAAUAAAACACUUUUCAAAGGAUUAAAGCGUGUGUAAUUGAAACCGGAUUUUUACAAUAAGUUAUUUUCUAUUAUUAUUUUAUUUUACCCGACAUUUUGUGACCUUUUCAGAGCAUGAAUUGUAAGGGAAAAAAGUAGGUUUAUAUAAGAUAUUAAAAAAAUUUAACUUUUAAGCAAAAACGUACGGUAAAAAUUCUUUUUAAAUUACACGCAUUUUAAUCCUUUGAAAAGUGUUUUAUUUACUAUGAUAAUAUUAAAUAAUUCAGAAAAAGCGCCUCUGGCAAAUUGCUUAAUUUGACAUAUUAAAAUAUUUAACUUCAUUGGUCACUUAUUUAUGAGGCAAAAUUCGUAGCGCUUUUAUAGCAAGCAUAAUUCUGUGUAACUUCUUUGUAAUAGAUGCGUCAGGUCUACUACACUACGACUGGAUUUAGUUCUCGACCGACGGUCACCGCUGACGUCGGUCGAUCGUAGCGCGUAACCGUACCCGCUGACCAUGUUUCGUUUAGUGUUCAGCUGACAGCAAACUUGAUUACGCGAAGAAAAAUGAAUCCAUUUUUUAUCGCUUUAUAUAAAGACGUAGAAGAUAUCAUGUUUACCCAAUUAUUAUAGAGAAUCAAAUUUAAAGAUAAAUUUUCGGAAAAUAUUCGAAAUUGCCAGAAGAUGAUUUUUUGUUUACAAUGUUAUUCACGCGCUUACGGUUGGUCGCUCGGUGAGCGUCGCACUGAAGGCACUAAUUUGUCGCCAUAGCUCGUCAGCGGACCGACGUACGACGAGCUCGACUGACGAUUCUCGUCAGCGCGACGUAGUUCUACGCGCGUAGCAAUUAAUCAGCGCUGAACUGAACGUGAUCAUAUAUUUUCAUUGUUAUACGCUACGCAUGACCGAGGUCAGCGCUGACUGUCGUUCGAGCACUAAAUGCAGUCUUAAUGUGCGAACAAGAUUCGCUUUAUGUUCGUGCAAUAAUUGUAUUCCUGUCUCUGCUUGGAUCAGAAAAUUAAAAUAUUUUAAUGUACAUAACAUAAAAAUAACUAUUUGGGAUUAAAAAGUGUGUAAUUACUAAUAACUGAGUUUGAAAAUUUAUCAUUUGUUAAAUAACAUAAUUUCCUAAAAACUUUCUUUACUGGAAGAUGAGGAAGUCUUGUGGUUUUCUUUGUGUGAUGUUACAGUAAAGCAGUUUUGGUAUACCUAUCUUUUAUAAGUUAUGUUUGGUGCUAUUAUGUAAUAAUUUAAUUUGGUUAACACAAAUAUUUUACUUAUUUUCAAAGUGUCUUAAUAAUAAUUUAACACCGCAUCUACCUGUGUACUUGUCUAUAGCCCUUAAGCUUGGAGAAAACGCUCGAGUCUUAUUAAGUAAUAUAAAUUGACAUUUAUGUACUCUAAAUUUAAUUUUCAUUCGUCGAUAUAUAAGUAUAUUCUAAGUGACUUUGUUUCUAAUAGGUUGACAAGAAAAAAAAUUGAUAUUUUUUUUUGUGAAAAAUAUACGUGGAAUUAAA